GCUCGAAGGGACCGCGCCGUACCCGUGCUCGCUCCGAAACCCUCAUGGCGCCCAAGAAAGGAAAGGCGAAAGCGAAGGGCCAGGCCAAGAAAGGAGACGCGCCGACGGAGGAGACACCGAAGGAUGAGGCCCCUGCUGCCGCCGAGGAGGCCGCGGCGGCCGAGCCCGAUCCCGCCGAGCCCGCCGCAGCGGCGCCCGCCGCCGCGGAGCCCGCCGCGGAGGCGGCGAAGGCCGAGGACGUGAAGGCGGAGGCGCCCCAGAACGGGGCCGAGGCCGAGGCCGAGGCCGAGGCCAAGGACUGGACGGGGGACGCCGAGCAGCUGGCGGACGCGGUCAAGGAUUGGGAGCCGCCUGCGCCACCAGAGCCGACGGAGCACCCAGACGCGCCCGACGACGCGCGCGCGCGGGUGAAGGCGGAGCAGG